AUGAUCCCGCGCGGCGGCACGGGCGUGGCGCGAUGGGCAGCCGGUGCGUUGCGAUGCUCACACUACUCCCCUAACCCAGCGGCCAUCCUCGCCCUAACAGCGCCGCUAUCGACGUGCCGCGUGCAGCUGCUGGGCCACUGGGCGAGGACUGCGCCGCGCACCGCGCUCGGCGCCGGAACCGCUUUGGUAUACCACCAACGCCUCUACGCGAGCACUGCUGCGUCAGGGAGCAGCGGGGCCUCCCAUGGGCAUGACCACCGCUUCAGCGACGGCAAGAGUGGAGCGGUAGGCAGCAGCGGCUCCUCCUCUGCCAGCAGUGGCGCUGGCAGUGGCAGCAGCAUCAACGGCUACGGCGGCGGUAGCGGACCCCGCGGCAGCGGGGCGGCCAAGCAGCAGCAGGAGGCCAAGCGGAUCAAAAAGGUCAAGGCAAGCCGCCGUGUACUGAAGAGCAAGCGCGCAGGACCGAAGGCAAAGGCCGCGUCCGCGCCAGCCUCCUCCUCCGUCUCUGGUGGCUCGUUGGUGACAGCGUGGGCCAGCGCAGCGUCGGGUGGUGCCUCAGCGAGCCCGGGGAGCGGGGCGGGUAGCAGUGGUAGUGGCAGCGGUGGUGGUAUCGUGGCGUCGCCGUCGCUGACCGCAGCUUCUGCCCAGUCGCGCACCGCCGCCCGUCGACGCAAGAAGAAGAGCAGCCGAGUCCCCCCGCCCCCGUCAGACUCGCCGCCAACGCCGGGCAGCAGUGCAGCGGCGAGGAGGUCGAAGCCCCCUUCCACGUGCAAAAGGGCCUCAACCGGUUCCCUCAGCGGCAUCGGCGCAACCGCGAAGAAGGCGGUCACGGUCGCACACGCCGCCUCCCACAGCCGCUCGGACGCCUCUGCCCCGUCCGCCACCGCCGCUGUACGCGCCAAGGCAAAGAAGCGCAAGCGCAUCCGCAUUUGCGUGCUCAGCAGCAGCUACGACGGCACCGACUCGGCAACGGCCGGCGUGGACAACUACUGGUGCACACCGCAGCACUACAUGAAGAAGGACCGGCACAAGUACUCCUUCGCCGAUGUGUCCAUGAAGAAAAUUGACUCGUACCGCGCCGUGCGUAAGCUGGUGACCUCCAAAAAGUACGACGUCUUCUUCAACCUGUGCGACGGCGGCCGUGAUGAGAAGCGCGCCGGCGUAGACGUAGUAGAGGCGCUGGAGGAGCAGAACGCCGCCUUCACCGGCACGGACUCGCGCGGCUUCGAGCCAAGUAAAAUCGACAUGAAGCUGAUGGUCGGGUCGAGCGGCGUCAAGGUGCCCAAUUUUGUGCUGCUCAGCAACGACGAGAGCCUCGCCAAGAAGUGCCGGCACCUGAAGUUCCCAGUGAUCGUGAAACACCUCUCCGGCUACGCCUCCGUCGGCAUUCAAAAAGAUAACCGGUGCGACACACUGGAUCAGCUGAGGACGAAGGUGCGCGGCUUCAUCAAGGAGUACAACCACGCGCUGGUGGAGGAGUUCAUUCGGGGCCGCGAGGGCACCGUACUGGCCUGUGCAGACCCUGGCAGCCCGUUCGGCGUGAAGGUGUUCAAGCCGCUCAUGUUCAACUUCCUGCAGAACAACGACGACUUUGCGUACUUUGAGAAGAAGUGGACGAUGGAGUGUGGCGAUCAGGCGUACGGCUUCCUCGCCUCGUCGGACCCGGCGUACACCGCCAUCACGGAGAUGGCCCGAAACGCGUUCAAGUACAUCAUGAACGGCGUCGGCUACGGUCGCGUCGACUUCCGCAUCGACGAGCUGACUGGGGAGCCGUACUUUCUGGAGAUCAACCCGAACUGCGGUAUGUGGUACGCCCCGAAGGACGGUGGCGACUUCGCAGACGUUAUGGUCGAGGGCGACCCACAUUGGAACCACGAGCGCUUUGUCGCCAACGCCGUGGCGCGGGCGCUGCGAGACCAGGCGGCACGCAAGCCCUGGUACUUCAUCAGCCACGACCGAAACGGGCAGUUCUCCACGCGUGCCAGUAAAACAGUCGCGGCUGGCAAGUGCCUCUUUGGCGACGCUGUGCACCCGAUCCCGGUGGUGGCCAAGUCGCUCUACAAGCUGGGCGAGGAGGAGCCCACAGUCGGCUGUGUCAUCUGCCGCGGCGAUGGUAUUCACCAAGCGGUGGCGCUGCGCCACUCAUGUGAGCCGAACAUGGGUUUUGUGCACGGCCGCACCUUGCUCUUCGCCGCUAAGCGGCCGAUCAACGUUGGUGAGGAGCUCACGGUCGACUACGCCACCCUGCGCGAUGAGUCGAUGCCGCACUUUGUGUGCAGCUGCGGCACUGAGAAUUGCCGUAGUGUCAUCUUUCCUAUGCCGGCAAUGCCGCGCACCGUCGAGGCCAAGACGAUGAAGCGGUUGCUGCGGGAGAAAAAGCAAGUCUGGAUGAAGGAGAAGGCGGACCGCGAAGCGGAGCGGAUCCUCAAGAAGCGCUCUUCACGUGCCACGUCUUCCUCCUCGUCUGGGAGCGGCAGCGGCGGUGGUGGUGCCUCUGCAGGGUCAUCGUCCAACACUGGCCAAGCUAGCAGCAGUGCAAGCGGUGGUGCCAGCUCCAGCAGCGGCAGCGGCAGUAGUAGUGGCAUCAGCGCCGCGGAGAGAAAGUAA